AUGUCUUUCCCACCACCUCCUCCCCCUGGAUGGGGCCCUCCUCCUCCGCCUCCGCCUCCUCCAUCCUCGUCGCUCCCUCCACCUCCUGCUGCACCAGCUCCUCCGCCGCCCGGUUAUCGCCCCCCGACGGAUCCUCAGAUCGCCAAGUUUGCCCAGAAGAAGAAGGAAUGGCUGCGGAACCAGCGCAACCGCUUCGGCGAGAAGCGCAAAGGCGGCUUCGUGGAGACACAAAAGGCAGACAUGCCUCCAGAGCAUCUGCGCAAAAUUGUCAAGGAUAUUGGUGAUGUGUCGCAAAAGAAGUACACCAGCGACAAGCGCAGUUAUUUGGGCGCUUUGAAGUUCAUGCCUCAUGCUGUUAUGAAGCUUCUGGAAAACAUGCCUAUGCCUUGGGAAUCUGCAAGAGAGGUCAAGGUUCUGUACCAUGUCAACGGCUGUUUGACAUUGGUCAAUGAGAUUCCUAGAGUCAUCGAGCCAGUAUUCUUCGCGCAAUGGGCGAUGAUGUGGACUUUUAUGAGAAAGGAAAAGGCCGACAGACGACUUUUCAAACGCAUGCGAUUCCCUCCCUUUGACGACGAGGAACCGCCACUAUCAUGGUCCGAGAACAUUGAAGAUGUCGAGCCUCUUGAACCAAUCCAGAUGGAGCUUAAUGAGGAUGAGGAUGCAGCCGUAUAUGACUGGUUUUACGACCACCGGCCGCUCCUGGAUACCCCUCAUGUUAACGGCCCAAGCUACAGGUCUUGGAACCUCAACUUGCAACAAAUGGCCACUUUGUUCAGGUUGAGUAGACCUUUAGUUUCGGAUGUUGUGGACAAGAACUAUUUCUAUCUCUUUGAUCUGAAGAGCUUCCUCACCGGAAAGGCACUCAAUGUGGCCCUCCCCGGUGGACCUCGGUUCGAGCCUCUCUACAAGGACAUUGAUCCUAACGACGAGGAUUUUGGAGAGUUCAACGCUAUUGAUCGUAUCAUUUUCCGAAACCCCAUCCGGACCGAAUUCCGAGUCGCAUACCCCUAUCUGUACAACUCGCUGCCACGAAGUGUUCAUUUGGCAUGGCAUUCACAUCCCCAGGUGGUUUUCGAACGGUCAGACAACCCCGAUCUCCCUGCCUUCCAUUUUGAUCGCAGAAUCCAUCCUAUCUCUUCCCGUGCAGUGGCACCGAAGAACCUUACCAUCAGCCACGAGGAUGAGCUGUUUGGCCCCGGCAAUGACGAGGAGCCGGAAGAGGACGCCUUUGAGCUGCCUGUAGAAUUCGAGCCAUUCCUUGAUGAGGAGGAUCUAACUAACGAUGACACCGCAUCGGCAAUUGAGCUGUGGUGGGCUCCUUUCCCAUUCGAUCGUCGCUCCGGCAAGAUGGUCCGCGCCCAGGAUGUUCCUCUCAUCAAGCAGUGGUACCUGGAGCACCCGCCAUCCGACAAACCUCCCGUGAAGGUCCGCGUAUCCUAUCAGAAGCUGCUGAAGAACUUCGUCCUUAACGAGCUUCAUAAGAAGAAGCCCAAGGCGCAACAAAAUCAGAAUCUCAUGCGUAAUCUGAAGCAGACCAAGUUCUUCCAACAGACUACUAUUGACUGGGUGGAAGCCGGUCUUCAAGUUUGCCGACAAGGUUUCAACAUGCUCAAUCUCCUUAUUCACCGCAAGAACCUCACUUACCUUCACCUUGACUACAACUUUAAUCUGAAGCCUGUCAAAACCUUGACCACCAAGGAGCGAAAGAAGUCUCGCUUCGGUAACGCUUUCCACUUGAUGCGUGAAAUUCUACGCUUAACAAAGCUCAUCGUCGACGCUCAAGUGCAGUACCGGCUUGGCAACAUCGAUGCCUUCCAGCUGGCUGACGGCAUCCUGUAUGCCUUCAACCACGUCGGUCAGCUUACCGGCAUGUAUCGUUACAAGUAUAAGCUCAUGCACCAAAUUCGUUCAUGCAAGGACUUGAAGCAUUUGAUUUACUACCGCUUCAACUCUGCGCCGGUCGGCAAGGGUCCCGGCUGCGGUUUCUGGGCUCCUGCCUGGAGAGUCUGGCUGUUUUUCAUGAGAGGUAUCAUUCCUCUUCUGGAAAGAUGGCUUGGAAACCUUCUGUCUCGUCAAUUCGAGGGUCGCCACAGCAAGGGUGUUGCGAAGACAGUUACCAAGCAGCGCGUCGAAUCGCAUUUUGAUCUCGAGCUGCGUGCCUCAGUCAUGGCUGAUCUGAUGGACAUGAUGCCCGAGGGUAUCAAGCAGAACAAGGUCAACACAGUGCUUCAGCAUUUGUCGGAGGCUUGGAGAUGCUGGAAGAGUAACAUCCCUUGGAAGGUUCCCGGUCUGCCGGCACCUAUCGAGAACAUUAUCCUACGCUACGUCAAGGCCAAGGCGGAUUGGUGGGUCUCAGUCGCCCACUACAACCGUGAGCGUAUUCGCCGGGGCGCUACUGUCGAUAAGACAGUUGCCAAGAAGAAUGUUGGCCGUCUGACUCGACUCUGGCUCAAGGCUGAGCAGGAGAGACAACACAACCAUAUGAAGGACGGCCCUUACGUUUCUUCCGAGGAGGCUGUCGCAAUUUACACAACUACUGUACAUUGGUUGGAGUCUCGCAAGUUUUCUCCUAUUCCUUUCCCCAGUGUCUCGUACAAGCACGACACUAAGAUCCUUAUCCUCGCACUGGAGCGCUUGCGCGAAGCGUAUUCAGUCAAGGGGCGCCUGAAUCAGAGCCAACGUGAGGAGUUGGCUUUGAUCGAGCAGGCAUACGACAGCCCUGGCACUACUUUGGAGCGAAUCAAGCGCUUCUUGCUUACGCAGCGUGCAUUCAAGGAAGUCGGCAUCGACAUGAACGACAAUUACAGCACGAUUAACCCAGUCUACGAUAUUGAGCCCAUUGAGAAGAUCAGUGACGCUUACCUUGACCAGUACCUGUGGUACCAGGCUGACCAGCGUCAUCUGUUCCCUGCUUGGAUCAAGCCGUCUGACUCUGAAGUACCGCCCCUUUUGGUCUAUAAAUGGGCGCAAGGCAUCAACAACUUGGACAAGGUGUGGGAAACCGAGAAUGGAGAGUGCAACGUUAUGAUUGAGACGGAGCUAUCGAAGGUGUAUGAGAAGAUUGAGCUGACUCUUCUCAACUCUCUUCUCCGCUUGAUUAUGGACCACAACUUGGCAGACUACAUCACUGCAAAGAACAACGUCCAGUUAACGUACAAGGACAUGAACCACGUCAACAGCUACGGUAUGAUUCGUGGUCUGCAAUUCUCGGCCUUUGUGUUCCAAUAUUACGGCCUCGUUCUUGAUCUGCUGCUGCUUGGUCCUCAGCGUGCCAGCGAGAUCGCUGGUCCUCCCCAAAGUCCCAACGAUUUCCUCCAGUUCCGCGACAAGGAAACGGAAACCAGACAUCCCAUUCGUCUGUACACUCGAUACAUUGACAAGAUUUGGGUAUUCCUGCGUUUCACGGCCGAUGAGUCUCGAGAUCUCAUCCAGCGAUUCCUUACGGAACAGCCUGAUCCCAACUUCGAAAACGUCAUCGGCUAUAAGAGCAAGAAAUGCUGGCCGAGAGACUCGCGUAUGCGUCUUAUGAGACACGAUGUCAACCUUGGCAGGGCUGUCUUCUGGGAUCUCAAGAACCGACUGCCCCGAUCUGUUACGACUAUUGAGUGGGACGACAGUUUUGCCAGUGUCUACAGUCGCGACAACCCCAACCUGCUGUUCUCAAUGUGCGGAUUUGAGGUCCGUAUUUUGCCAAAGUGCCGCAACCAGAACGACGACUUCUCAGUUAAGGACAGUGUUUGGUCCCUCGUCGACAACACAACCAAGGAGAGAACAGCACAUGCUUUCCUGCAAGUGACUGAAGAGGACAUCCAGAAGUUCAACAACCGUAUUCGCCAGAUUCUCAUGUCUUCUGGAUCUACUACCUUCACGAAGAUUGCCAACAAGUGGAAUACUGCGUUGAUCGCGCUUUUCACCUACUACCGCGAGGCAGCGGUUUCCACUGUCAGCUUGCUUGACACCAUUGUUAAGUGUGAGACCAAGAUCCAGACGAGAGUCAAGAUCGGUCUGAACUCCAAGAUGCCGUCACGUUUCCCCCCGGCCGUGUUCUACACUCCCAAGGAAUUGGGAGGUUUGGGCAUGAUCUCUGGUUCUCAUAUCUUGAUUCCCGCCAGUGACAAGCGUUGGUCUAAGCAGACCGACACUGGCGUCACGCACUACCGUGCCGGUAUGACGCAUGACGAGGAGACAUUGAUCCCCAACAUCUUCCGUUAUAUCAUUCCAUGGGAAGCUGAGUUUAUUGAUUCCCAGCGAGUCUGGACUGAGUACUCUCAAAAGCGUAUGGAGGCGAACCAGCAAAAUCGCCGCCUUACCUUGGAGGACCUCGAAGACAGCUGGGACCGUGGUCUCCCUCGUAUCAACACCCUUUUCCAAAAGGAUAGAAGCACUUUGAGUUUCGAUAAGGGUUUCCGUGCCCGUGCCGAGUUCAAGAUCUACCAGCUCAUGAAGAACAACCCCUUCUGGUGGACAAGUCAAAGACACGAUGGAAAGCUUUGGAACCUUAAUGCGUACCGCACGGAUGUCAUCCAGGCACUUGGUGGUGUCGAGACCAUUCUCGAGCACACGCUGUUCAAGGCGACUGGAUUCCCUUCUUGGGAGGGUCUCUUCUGGGAGAAAGCUUCAGGUGUUUCGAGGAGUCUAUGA